AUGCCCGUCCGAAAACCGUCUCGAUAUGGCUCGAACGUGAGACUCGGGAAGGACUCUCUUCGCGGGCGGCGAACGAAGACGAUCGAUGCCUCCACCCUGCGCACCACCGAGGGAACCUCCCAGGAUGAGAAACUUCAAGCCACGCGGCUGGCAAACAGCAUCGACGAAGCCAUGGGCUUCCCGAGUACCUCGAUUGAAGACCCGAGAGUACCGGGUGGCCGCGCUGGAGUUGACUUCUAUUUCAUUGGAGAAGACGGUGACAACUUCAAGGCGACGGUUGAUUAUGACCCGUACUUCUUGCUGGCUGUGAAACGCGGCCGAGAAGCCGACGUCGAGGAGUGGUGCAAGAGAAUGUUUGAAGGUCUUGUUAAAUCGGUCAAUCGCGUUACCAAGGAAGAUCUCCAAAUGCCCAACCACCUACUUGGAUACAAGCGAACAUUUCUCCAGCUGACAUUCGCGAACGUCUCGGACCUGCUCGCUGUUCGCAAGACACUCUUGCCCAUUGCGGAAAGGAAUAAAGAGAAAGUGAAUGCGAUGGAUACGUACGCGGAGGUCGCCAGUGCGGCAGCGGGCUUCGAUGUGUACGACGACGACCAAGUAACCGACGCUCGCCCCAAUGGAAUCGCCGAUGCUAGUGACUACAUUGUGGACAUUCGGGAAUAUGACGUUCCAUACCACGUUCGCGUUACCAUCGACAAGGAUAUCAGAAUUGGCAAAUGGUACAUCGUUGAGUCCACCCACGGCUCAAUCUCCCUGACGUGCUUGGAAGAGCGUUUGCAGCGAGCUGAUCCCGUUGUCCUCGCAUUCGAUAUCGAAACGACAAAACUACCUUUAAAGUUUCCUGAUCAAGUCAUCGAUCAAAUUAUGAUGAUUUCAUACAUGAUCGAUGGGCAAGGCUUUCUCAUCACCAACAGAGAAAUCGUGUCGGAAGAUAUUGCCGAUUUUGACUACACCCCAAAGGUGGAAUACGAAGGGCCGUUUCUGAUAUUUAACGAGCCAAAUGAACGCGCGUGCAUUGAACGGUUCUUCUCUCAUAUCAAGGCAGCUCGACCUACUGUUAUUGCGACAUACAACGGAGACUUCUUCGACUGGCCCUUUGUCGAAGCUAGGGCUGGGGUGAACGGCAUCGACAUGUAUGCUGAAAUCGGAUUUCGCAGGAACAGUGAAGAUAUCUACCAGAGCAACUACUGCGUCCACAUGGACUGCUUUGCUUGGGUCAACAGAGAUAGUUACCUGCCUCAAGGCAGCCGUGGUCUGAAAGCUGUCACGGUAGCAAAGCUAGGCUACGAUCCUGAUGAGCUCGAUCCUGAACUUAUGACCCCCUACGCCAACGACCAUCCUCAAAUUCUUGCAGAAUAUUCCGUUUCUGACGCUGUUGCAACAUAUUAUCUUUACAUGAAGUACAUCCACCCUUUUAUCUUUUCACUCUGCACAAUUCUUCCGCUCAAUCCCGACGAUACACUACGGAAAGGAACAGGCACUUUAUGCGAGAUGUUAUUGAUGGUCCAGGCCUAUCAGAAAAACAUUGUCCUGCCCAACAAGCACAAAGAACCGAGGGAAGCUUUCUGGGAGGGGCAUCUACUCGAGUCUGAGACGUACGUUGGCGGGCAUGUUGAGAGCAUUGAGGCCGGCGUCUUCCGUGCGGACAUCCCUGUCAACUUUGCCAUCGACACGACAGCGAUUGAUGAACUCUUAAACGAUCUUGAUGCAGCUUUGAAAUUCUGCAUUACGGUCGAAGAGAAGAAAUCAUUGGACGAUGUUACGAAUUAUGAAGAAAUCCGAGCACAGAUUGUUGAAAAAUUGGAAGAUCUGAAGAAUAUACCCAACAGGAAUGAACGGCCUCUGAUAUACCAUCUGGAUGUUGCGUCCAUGUAUCCCAACAUUAUGACUACUAAUCGUCUUCAACCUGAUUCCAUGAUUGCCGAAUCAGAUUGUGCCGCCUGCGACUUCAAUCGACCUGGGAAGACAUGUGAUCGCCGAUUGCCUUGGGCAUGGAGAGGCGAGUUCCUGCCUACCAAGAGAGACGAAUACAACAUGAUACGCCGAGCAGUGGCAAAUGAGACAUUUCCUGGGAGAGGGCCCAAAGCACCGAGACGAACAUUCCAAGAAUUGAGCUUGGACGAGCAAGCUGCAAUGGUGCGGAAAAGACUUCAAGAAUAUUCCAAAAAGAUCUACCACAAGAUCCACGAUUCGAAAACCAUCGAACGAGAGGCCAUCAUCUGCCAAAGAGAGAAUCCUUUCUACGUCGACACCGUCCGUGACUUUCGAGACCGGCGGUACGACUUCAAGGGAAAACAGAAGGUUUGGAAGGGUAAGAUAGAAGCACUCAAGUCUUCCGCAGCAUCUGCUCAGGAGAUCGAAGAGGCCAAAAAGAUGAUUGUCCUCUACGACUCUUUGCAACUUGCUCACAAGGUCAUUCUCAACUCUUUUUACGGAUACGUCAUGCGCAAAGGAUCCAGAUGGUACUCUAUGGAAAUGGCGGGCGUCACUUGUCUCACUGGGGCGCAUAUUAUCCAGAUGGCGCGAGAACUUGUGGAACGAAUCGGUCGGCCGUUGGAAUUAGACACCGAUGGGAUUUGGUGUAUGCUUCCAGCGACGUUCCCGGAGAAUGUCGUGUUCACGUUGAAAAAUGGCAAGAAGAUGGCAAUUUCUUAUCCUUGCGUGAUGCUCAACCAUCUGGUUCACGCACGGUUUACAAAUCACCAGUACCAGAGUCUGGUGGACCCGGCUACAUUCAAGUAUGAGACACACAGCGAUAAUUCAAUCUUCUUUGAGGUUGAUGGUCCUUACAAGGCCAUGAUCCUCCCAACCUCAAAGGAGGAAGACAAGAACCUGAAGAAACGCUACGCGGUGUUCAAUCAUGACGGGAGUCUUGCCGAGUUGAAAGGGUUUGAGGUUAAGCGAAGAGGCGAGCUGAAGCUCAUCAAAAUUUUCCAGACUCAAAUUUUCAAGUUUUUCCUGGAAGGCAGCACGUUGGCGGAAACAUACGGAGCAGUGGCUCGUGUGGCCAACCGCUGGCUUGACGUCCUACAUUCACACGGGUCCACGCUUGCUGAUGAAGAGCUCAUUGAUCUGAUUUGCGAAAACAAAAGCAUGACCAAGACUCUCGAAGAGUAUGGAAGUCAGAAAUCAACUUCAAUCACAACAGCAAAACGAUUGGCGGAAUUUCUGGGAGACCAGAUGAUCAAGGACAAAGGUCUGAACUGCAAGUAUAUCAUCUCGGCCAAACCCAGGAACACACCCGUUACAGAACGCGCCAUUCCUGUCGCGAUCUUUUCGGCGGACGAUAGCGUUAAACGCUUCUUCUUGCGAAAGUGGCUGAAGGAGGAUCCAGCGGAAAUGGAUCCCAGAGCUGUAAUAGACUGGGACUACUACCUGGAGCGCCUCGGCUCUGUCAUACAGAAGCUCAUCACAAUACCUGCUGCUUUGCAGAAGAUCAGGAACCCUGUGCCACGUGUGGUGCAUCCCGACUGGUUACAAAAGCGCAUUACUGCAAAGGACGACAGGUUUAAACAGAAAAAGAUGACCGAUCUCCUCGAGAAAAGACCCCUUACCGAGCGCUCUGUGAAUCUUUUGGAUCAUCGACUUCCUGCCGGUGGAGACAUCGAAGACGUCCUCAGCAAUCAAUUCAAACCCUCUGAGGAAGUUACCAAAUCCACAAAACGAAAAGCCCCGGAAUCAACAAGUCGUGGUCUUGUUGAUUCCCUUCCAGCUCUCCCUUCUGAAGCUCCUUUGAUUGACGAAGACUAUCGAGGCUGGCUCCAGUAUCAGAAGAACAAGUGGAGGUCGCAAAAGCAAGCCAAGGCGCGUCGGCGUCAAUUGUUCGGGGAAAGACCCAAUGUUGCUACAGAUUCAAUCAGUAGCUUCUUCCGCAACCAGGCCGAAAUGAUGUAUACCAAUACCUGGCACGUUCUACAGUUACGUCAAGGAGAUUUGCCUGGAGAAGUGACAGCGUUUGUUGUCAUUGGCAAGAAGAUCCACACACUGAAUAUCAAAGUCCCCCGCACCCUGUAUCUGAAUCUCAAGGGAGAAGAGCUUCCAAACGUGGACAUACCCGGCUGCGAUGUUGAAAAGGUCAGCCAUGUGUUGCCGAACGGCCAUCCAUCGGUUCAUUUGUUUCAGUUAACCAUGCCCGAGGAGACCUACCUGCGAGAAGCGGAGUCAGUAUCGUUAUUGUGCAACCAUCCCAGUGUUGAAGGUGUCUAUGAACGUCAGUUUCCGCUAUUUAUGCGCGCCCUACUGAAACUAGGGAAUAUGUGCUCCUUCGAUGAAACUCAGAAAGGUGUUCUCGGAAAGGGCCUUGAACAAGGGUUUGAUUUAGCAUCACUUCUCAGGAGUGAUGGCCAGUCGACGUACCUAGAAGAACCCAACUCCUUAGGGUAUAUCUACUUGUAUCAUGUCUCUGCUGGCGAUAGGAAUGUCUUUGCUCUGUUCUCGACCACCAAAUCAGAAGCACAUAUCAUCCUCAUGAGUCGAACGCGGGACACCCAAAUACCAAAUGCUGACAAGAUAUACACUGAACAAUAUCGUCAGAAAGUUCAGGACGAGGCUAAUGUGCAGGCUCUCUUCGAAUAUCAACCCAGCAUAAGUUUUAAGGUGUCACAAGUGACGACAAAGAGGAAAGCACAUCUUGAGCUUGCGGAUAUUCUGAAGAAGUGGCGCGCAGACGAGGUGAAACCGGCGGUACUCCUCCUUCAGACAACCACGCAUAAGUCCUUGAUCCAUGACGUCCGAUUCCUCAGGGAAUAUCCUGUUAUUUUCCUGCCAGCAGAUCAAUCUGACAUGGAUCUCCCUUCCUUAGCUUGGCAGGGUCAUGCGAUCAAGCAGGUCGUCUCCCACUAUUUCAAUGUUUCCGGCUGGUUGGUACAUCUGAUUGAGCUUGCUCGAUACGGAGAUGUACCUCUCUGCAAUCUUGAAAAGGACGACCCUCGAUUCCUCAUUGAUCUGGCGUAUGCACGAAGGUUAAAGCGGAGCAACGUCGUUCUAUGGUGGUCUGACCAAGCUCGCCCGGACCAUGGUGGACACGAACGUGAUGACAUUCUGGGCCCACUCAACGAAAUCGUUGAGAUGCCCUCGAUCAACAACGCAGGUGCCUACACUUCUGUCUGCGUGGACGUAACGGUGCAGAAUCUGGCGAUCAACACCAUAUUGACCUCGUCUAUAAUCAACGACCAUGAGGGCUCUACAGAAGCAGUCGCCUUUAACCCGACCGGCGACGAAGAAAAUUCCCUCAACUCCAACAUGGCGAGGUCGAACGGAGGGUUUGCGCAGGCAGCGCUGGAAGUCCUCCGCGAGAUGGUCAAGUCAUGGUGGGCGGAAGCUUGUCGUGGUCAUCGACUCGCAGACGUAAUGGUUCAGCAUUUAGUCCGAUGGGUUGAGGCUCCGGCUUCGUGCCUUUACGAUCGACACCUCCAUUACUAUGUGCAAAUGAUGUCGAAGAAAGCGCUGCAACAACUCAUCACUGAUUUCCGCCGAGUAGGCUCACAGGUUGUUUUUGCGAGCCCAACACGACUACUUCUGCAAACGUCGAAGCAAGACGUUGAAAAUGCCUAUGCGUAUUCUCAGUAUAUUCUCAAAUCGAUUCAACAGAAGCCUCUCUUCCAUUUCCUCGGACUUGAGGUCAAAGACUACUGGGACAUCCUGCUUUGGUAUGACGCGUACAACUAUGGCGGUAAAGGCACUUCCACGGUCACAGAGAAUACCAAUCACUCCAGUCUCGAGACUGUCGUGCACUGGCAACUUUCACAGUUCUUACCACUUCCAUUGCAGCCCAUUUUUGACGACUGGGUGAUCAUCUUUAUCGAAUUGAUGCAGAAUUUGAAAAGACCACAGAUAUCAUCUGAGAGCACACCAUCCACUGUUCGAUCCACUCAACUACCUUCUCAGUUUAUCAGUUUGACAGAGGACCCGACCAGCACCGAGAUUACAUCUGUCCUGCAAGAUCCGUUCUCCAAGCCCUUGAAGAAGCAAAUCACAGGCUUAAUUCGACGUCAACGGGAGGAGUUGUUACACCCCGAACUGGCCAGCGACUGGACAUUCCCAUCUUUGCCAGGAGGGACUCUAGAAUCCAGUGAUGUGCGCAAUCCACAUGAUCCAGUCCUUGAAUUAGUGAAAUCGCUCAUGCAAAUAAUCUCGUUGUCGAAGCCCCUUCAACUUGAAGCACGACUUCUCCGCAAAGAGCUCCUGGCCCUGUUCGAUGUCCGGGAGUUUGGGAAGGAGGCCCGAUUCGAAAACCCCAGUGCGAGUUUACGCUUCGAGAAUCUCGUCUGCGACACAUGUACCAUGACUAGGGAUUUGGAUUUGUGCCGUGACGAGGAUAUUCUACCAGAUGUGAACGAAGAUGGAGUGCUGGCAAAUAGUAAACCUUGGAUUUGCAACAGCUGUGGGACAGAGUACAACAAAAUCAUGCUGGAGGAGAAACUCAUCGCGAGAGUUCAGUCAAUGGUGUUGACUUGGCAGGCACAAGAUAUCAAAUGCAAGAAAUGCAGUGGUUUGCAGGGCGACGACGGUGUAUUUGCAGAUCAUUGUUCAUGUGGCGGAGAAUGGAUUGCAACAGCAGAUCUGAGAGACAUGAAGGGGAGGCUGAAGGUCAUGGAACGGGUAGCGGGCAUGUAUGGGUUGAGGAUGCUAACGGCCGUUGUUGAAGAGGUCAAGACUAUGUGUACGAUUUGA